AUGGGCAAGACUGUUAUCCUUACUGGUGCCUCUCGCGGUAUCGGCUUAGCUAUUGCUAAGUAUCUCUUACAGGCGCCACAUUUAUGUAACUUGGUGCUUGUUGCCCGCACUGAGGCUCCCCUGCUGGAGCUCAAGGAGAAACAUGGCAAUCAGGUCCAGGUUGUCUGCGGUGACGUCUCUGACUUCUCGCUUGCUCGCGAAGCCGUUGCCCAGGCCCUUAAGUCCUAUGGCAGACUCGACGGGUUGAUCAUCAACCACGGCGUCCUCGCUCCUGUUUCUAGACUCGAGCAGGCUAACAUUAGGGAAUGGAUGAAGGCUUAUGAUGUGAACUUUUUCAGUGCUUUGGAAUUUGUGAAGCAAUGUAUCCCACAUCUUCGUCUGGCUCGUGGCCGAGUUGUCUUCACUUCCUCUGGUGCAGCAACUGGGCCUGUCAACGGUUGGGGAAUGUACGGCUCCUCCAAGGCUGCGAUGAACCAUCUUAACAUGACCUUGGCCCAUGAGGAGCCCGAAAUCAUCUCUGUGGCCAUCCGCCCAGGAAUGGUCGACACCGACAUGCAACACCACCUCAGAUGCCAGCACCUCGGCAUCCUCGGGCCCAAGGAUAGCGCCAAAUUCGUCAACGCACACGAGGAAGGCAAGCUCUUGAAGCCGGAGCAGCCUGGUACCGUCAUCGGAAAGCUAGUCUUGGGUGCUACAGAAGACCUGAGCGGUAAAUUCAUAACUUGGAAUGAUGAGGCCCUGGCCAAGUACCAGGCAUAA